UUUUGUUUUUUACUUUUGACGGUUUCAAAAUUUCACCAUCAAAAUUUCUGUAGCUUAAAUUAGAGCUGGAUCAAAAUUCUAAAUUUAACAAUGACUACAGUAUUAGAUAAAUUAAAAAGUCUGGUAAACCAAGUUGAGGACAAUGGCUGCCGUUCAUCUCCAUGCACUCCGGUUUGCAGUCCCACUGAUUUUCCGUACCUUCAAGUGUGUAUGCUUGAUCCGCCAUGCACGGUCGUACCAACCGAACCGAAAUAUGUUAAGCCCUUAUGUUUGCCUAACGCGCCACCACCUCCUACCGUUUUGGUAGUCGACCCUGAAACAGAGUACAAAAAUCGUAGAUCGAAUUUUUAUAAUUACCACAACGUGGAUUACCACAGAAAACAAACCAAUCCCGACUGCGAGCAACCCAAAAGUAACCGCCCAGUAAAAAAUCCCAGGUGUAGCCAAAAGCUCGCCUGCGAAUGCGAUCCAAACGCCGGAUGUCCGACCGGCUUUAAGCCGUGCCAAAUCAAACUUUGUCCACCGGCCGGUUGUCAUCCCCUGGGUACGUGGAGAGCAACUGUACAGCCAUGCCCGCCUAAACCCUCGAAAGGUUCGAGCAUCAAGUAUGAACCUGGGGAGUGUACGAGACCGUGCUGUUUGCAUUGGAAACCGAAAGGUGGCCUUUGCAAGUAUGACAAACCCUGCAAGGCUCAUUGUUACGAUCAUCCUUUUGGAGUAAAACCUUCUGGAAAACCUUGUUAAUUUAUGUUUAAUUAAAAAAUCAAACAGAUCACUAUUUUUCAA